CUCACAGAAGUUUCUGGCACUAAACCAACAGCCGCGUUACUUAACAAACGGAACGGCCAUUGUAGUGUUAGCAGUAUUACAACGUUAGUGUCAAAAUGGUGAAUUUGGAUAAAUUGAUUCCCGAACUUGGUGGUUUUGGAUAUUAUCAGAAGAAGCUUCUUUUACUGCUAAUACUUCCGAUAGCUUCGUCUUCCAUGUUCAUGAUCAUAAUGGUGUUUGCAUUGUACACACCAAACCAUAGAUGCAAGCCUCCACAUGUGCAGGACUCCCGUGGGAUCAAUGCCUCAUUGGAAGAUCAAUUCGUUGUCUCCGAAUGCAAUUUACAGCAAAUAAUUGAGGGUCCACUUAAUACUACGGAUGCCAAGCUAUUCAAUGACUCGCAUCACAUGAUAGCGUUGCCGUGUCGGGAAUGGGACUACGAUGACGAUGUAUUUAAGGAGACCUUCACCACUACACAUAACCUCGUUUGCGACGAAACAGUUAAGAUAUCACAUGCACAAAUGAUCUUCUACUUCGGUGUUGUGAUUGGAGACGUACUCUUUGGACAGCUAUCUGAUUACAUUGGAAGAAAGAAGACAUUGUUUAUCACCAUUUUUCUGCUGUUUAUAUUCGGAAUAUCUGCGUCGUGGUCACCGGAGUAUUAUACCUUUGUCAUUAUGCAGUUUGUCGUUGGAGCCGCCUGCAGGGGAUGUUCAGUCUUGAUGUUUGUAACGAGCUUGGAGUUCGUUGGGCCAAGUAUACGUGUGUGGAUUGGUCAGUAUUUCAAUAUCUUCUUCGCGCUAGGCCUGUGCGCACUUUGUGGUAUUGGUAUUCUCAUUAAAGACUGGCAGUAUAUACAGAUUGCUUCCAGCUUACCAGUAGUCUUUCUGAUGUCCUAUUGGUUCUUUUUAGACGAGUCACCACGGUGGCUAUUGAGUAAAGGAAGACUGGAGGAAGCAAAGACAAUAUUGCAGAAAAUUGCACGAGUAAACAAUGUAACUCCCGACGAAAGCCUAUUUGAACAACUGAAAUGUGAUGAGGUUAUCCGGACAGAAAAAAUAUGGAGUUUGUUUACUAACAGGAUUCUAGCUGUUCGAUCGCUGGUUGUCUUUUUUAACUGGUUUGCUGUGGGCAUGACAUAUUACGGUGUGUUUCUUCACGCAGAAAAUCUUGGAGGCAAUUUUUAUCUCGCUAUCUUUCUUCUGUCGGUGAUCGAGCUCCCAGUACUCUUCCUCAAUCUUUACCUGCUUAACAGAUUCGGGAGGAGGAGAGUACACUGUUUCAUGAUGUUAAUGGGAGGUCUGGCGUGUAUAUGUACGAUAUUCCCAGUGACAUUUGGAGGAGACGGCCUACAACCACUGAUCCUUGCUCUUGCUGUAAUGGGGAAAAUGGGAGCCUCCGGCGCCUUUGGAUCUAUUUACGUCCUUUCCGGGGAAUUGUUUCCAACUGUCAUUAGGAAUGGAGCCGUAGGUGUUAGCUCUAGCUUUGCAAGGAUAGCUUCGAUGCUAGCGCCGUAUAUAGCUAAGCUGGGUACGGAUGAUGUAGGUAGUUUUGGAAAAGCUAUCCCUCUAAUCAUAUUUGGGGUAUGUUCUAUCGCAGCUGGCCUUUGUUCAUUGUACCUACCAGAAACAAUGGGCUGCCGACUCCCAGAUACAAUACAUGAUGCUGUGGACUUCGAACUGCUUCGAGAAGAUCGAAACCAGGACGACGAGAUUGCUGAACUCGAGACUUUGAACGAAAAACAAAGUUAAUGGACGACUGAUGACGAAGAAUAUUUUUUAUGAUUGUUUAUCUAGCUUGUUACACUACAUUGUGUAUUGUGUAUUGUGUGCAAUGUGUAUUAUUACAAUUAUAUUUCCAUAUACACCAGAUAUGCACUCGGGACACGACUGUAGCAUUAACUUAUCGGGUCAGAUGAGUGCGAAAUAAAGACAUUAAAAUUGUUUUAUAAAUGGAAUUUUGGACUCAGGAAAAGGCACAUGUUGACGAUAUCAAUACCAUUUUAGGUAAAGUGAAUUAUAGUAUAAUCCACAUCGUUAGAAGACAAGGACAAUAUCUGAACUGUGAGUCUGUAUAAGUUAUUAAUGCAUUCUGGUAAAAGUCUGAUAAUAUUUGAUGUGGGUUGUAAUGUACAUGUAAUUUCUCUGUAAAUCAAAUUCCUGGUUUGUACAAUGAUAUAUUGAAUAACCGAUCAAAUAAUAUGUGUCAAUAAUAACACGUGUGGAAUUUUUCCUUUUAAUGUACUCAGCUUCCAUAAUUGUCACCUGGUAACAAACCUCUGUCGGAACUUGAUAGCAAUGUACACUUUUAUAUUUCGUUAGCUUUGUUUUACUAAUUGGUGAUCACGUAUCAUUAAAUAUACAUACAUUGUACACGCCAAAAUGCAAUAAAGUAGUGUACUUUGACAACAAUGUAUUACUGCUUUAUCAUCUGUAUACAAUACUUUCCGUGGUGGUGUUAAUCAUAUUUGAUCAGGCGGAAGAAAUAUUAAAAAGUUUAUCCAGAGACUUUGCACCAGAUCAUCUGUGGAUAUCAGAAUGAUAUCGGUUAGUAUGUGGAACCACUAUGUCUUUAUCGAAAUGUCUGUGUCAUGUACAUGUAAUAAACAAUAGGAAUUGAAUAAAACAAGACACGUACACUACGGAAGUAUUGUAGUAUGUAAGGUUAUGUACGUAUAUAUAAAACAAGGACCAAUCGCAUUAUGAUAAGAUACCAAAAUUAACUAUAGAAUAUCUAAAUGGGCGCUAAAGGCCUGUAAAUUACAACAUGGUUAAAGAAUCUGCGAAACCAGCGUGCAUAGUGUACAGCAAUUUCGUUUUCACGAAAAGAAGUUGCAGAUAUUUUAGAUUCAGACGAUUAAUCUAUAAUUUUAAUUAGGAAUAUAUGCUUCACACUUAAAAAUAAAAACAUUUUAGUUUUUGUUUUUCUAUUUUUCUUUUUGCCAUCCUGUUUUUAAACAAUACAUUAUGAAAAAAAUGUAUGUAUGAGAUGAGGGUGAUAAAUUACUUAUCGAAAAAGUGUUAAUAAAUAUUAUUGUCUUGUUCUGGAUUUUGGCUGUAUGAUACAUUAUAUGUCUUGUGAUAUAAAAUGGCUUUUAUAGAAUUGUAGUGGAUCUAUAGUGUUGUUUUUUAUAUGAAUAUAAACAUAACAUAACUUCCCCAUGU